AUGGUUUCAUCACGCAUUACCACUGUGCUUACUGCCACAUCUCUUGUAGCUUCCGUCCAAGGAGCACCGUUGGCACAGGAUACUCACAAACAAUGCCAAGCUACCUCGAAUUGGCCAGGUUGGAACGAAAUCCAAUAUGCAUUUACAUUUGGGGAUUCAUACUCAGCGAGCGGAUUUCAGACGAACGGCACUCAGCCAACACCCACUAAUCCCCUUGGGAAUCCUACAUAUCCAGGAUAUACUGCUACCAAUGGCCAAAAUUGGGUUGACUUUCUCACGGUCAAAUACAACAAGUCUACCGUCUUGACGUAUAAUUUGGCGUAUGGAGGAGCCACGAUCAACUCUGAUCUUGUCGCCCCUUAUGAACCACAAGUCUCCUCUGUAGCCGAGCAAAUCGAGAAUCAAUUCUUUCCCGCUUACGCAGGAAAACCAGAUACAGCUCCAUGGUCAUCUGGAAAUACUCUCUUCGCUAUCUUUGAUGGUAUCAACGAUGUCGGUAAUUCGUAUUACCUUGGAGCCUCAGCAACUGCAAACCUUAAUGAACGAAUCAUGGCCGUUUACCACGGUCUGGUAGAUGAACUCUACUAUAUCGGUGCUCGAAACUUUGCAUUCCUGAAUGUCCCACCCGUUGACAGGAGUCCGUUGGCAAUUUCCGGGGGAGCAUCAUAUCAAGCUGAAGAAAAGCUUGACAUUGCUGAUUGGAAUAAUCGUCUUGCCGCACUUGCUCAAAGUCUCAAGAAGACUUUCUCGGAUGUCAACGUAUUCACAGUUGAUACCAAUACUCUGUUCACCAAAGUAUUAAACAACCCGAAGAGUUUUCCCCAGACUUCUGUCUAUCAAAAUACUACCGCGUACUGCGUUGCUUAUGAGAAUGGUACACCGACACCGAAUUAUACUGAUCCAUCUUGUUACAUACCAGUGAACGAAUAUUUCUGGUUGAAUUCGUUGCAUCCUACCUAUCCAAUGCAUGACGUUCUUGCCCAGGAAGUUGCGAAGGUUUUACAAUCGGGUCCAAAUGUUUGUUAG